CUUUUCACAUCUGUGAACCACAUCUAGUCUCACUUUAGCAUACGAUUUCAUGUAUCCUUCAUAUCUGCAUUUGACAGGUUAUAAUGGACCAGAACUUUUGCAUCAUAUUAUGCAUCUUUUGUGUAUCUCAGUCAGUGAUGGCCUUUAACAUUGAUCCUUCUACCUGGAAAACGCUCACUGCAUCACAGAAUGUAUGCUUUGGCUAUAAGGUUAUACAGAAAGACGCAUCAAGUCUGAUUGUGAGUGAUCCUUUAAUUCAAAUCAAUCAAGUUCAGAGAGGCCGGAUUUAUAACUGUCUUGCCACACAAGGAACCUGCUCAUCAAUUAAUUUGAAUGUGCCCUCGGAAGCUGUCAACAUGUCUCUUGGACUUUCCUUGGUUAAAGAUGCACAAUCUUCAAAGGUGGCGAUUUGUGGUCCAACCAUUCCAAAGACAUGCGUAGCAGUUACCACAUACAAUGGCAUGUGCUUUAUCAGUGAAAACAAUGUGUAUCAACCUAUUCAACCAAUUCCGAGCUCUCUGAGAGACUGUCCUGGUCAGAUUGACAUAGCCUUUCUGUUAGAUGGAUCUGGGAGUGUAAGGGCUAAUAAUUUUGAGACGAUGAAGACUUUUGUGACAAAUGUGAUGAAGCGUUUUACUGAGCGGGAUGCACAGUUUGCCAUUGCACAGUACUCCAGAGGUUGUACAAUUCACUACGAUUUUAAUCGGCUCAAAAUUCAAGAUGCAUGGGAAGAUAAGGUGACGGGUAUACAGUACCAGAGAGGAGACAGCACUUUCACUGCAACAGCCAUCAUAAAACUUGUGAAUGAUCUAUUUAAACCUGCUGUAGGGUCAAGACUAUCAGCAAAAAAAGUCUUGGUUGUUAUUACUGAUGGAGCUUCACAUGACAGGAACUUAUUGAAAGAUGCAGCAAUACAGGCAGAGGCAAAGUACAUAACACGAUUUGCGAUUGGGGUUGGUAAUGCUUUUAAUGAUAACAGUGCGAAAGCAGAGCUGAAUACAAUUGCUUCUGAUCCAGAUACUGAUCACGUGUUCGAAGUGACAGACUUUAAUGCACUGAACAAUAUUCUUCAAAAACUGGAGGAGAACAUUAUUGCCAUUGAAGGAACCCAAACUUCAGGUGAUUCCUCUAGAAUGGAGUUUGCACAGGAUGGAUUCAGCACAGCUUUCACAUCAUAUGGAAGUGUGUUAGUGAGUGCUGUGGGAGCUUUCCAGUGGAAAGGUGGUUAUCAGGAAUAUUUUCCCGACAGCUCCUUUCAAAAAGGCAUUGUGCAUGAAAGCUAUCUAGGUUAUUCAAUGGCUGUUGCUGCAGUGUCAAGGACUAGCUAUGCUAUUCUAGGAGCUCCAAGAUACAAGCAUCAAGGACAAGUCAUUGUUUCACAGCUCAGAACCAACCAAGAUCAACUGCUGUACUCUCCCAGGCCUCAGAUUGGCUCAUAUUUUGGAGCUGAAGUUUGUGUGGUGGAUUUGAACAGUGAUUCCAAUACAGACCUCCUAUUGGUAUCUGCACCAACAUACACGGAGCCUGAUCGGGAGGGCAAAGUUUUUGUUUACACCUUUACGAGUCAGUUUGUUAUUUCUGAUGUGGUGCUGGUGGGAAUGGCAGGUCAGAGGGGUCGGUUUGGCUCUUCUCUGGCCAGUCCAGCAGAUCUGAAUGGUGAUGGUUUCAGGGAUGUGCUGAUUGGAGCUCCUUUAGAGGAAGAUGGACAGGGCAGCAUCUAUGUCUUCAAUGGAGGAGUAGUUCAAAUAAAUCCCACAUAUUCACAGAGGAUUGCUGGAUCAUCUGUGCGACCAGGUUUGCGGUUCUUUGGGAUUUCGUUGAGUCAGUCCUCUCUAGACCAGACUCAAGACAGCCUUCCUGAUAUUGCUGUUGGGUCCAUGGGAGCAGUUCUUCUUUUCAGGUCUAGACCCAUCAUGGUUUUGAACAUCAAAGUAACUUACAUUCCAUCCAAUAUACCAACCAGUGUAACAGACUGCACAAAGCCAUUGAAAAACAACCUAAUGGUGUGCUUCACCAUGAGAGGAUACAAACAUCACAUAACAGAUUUGGCUGCAAAUAUUAAUUACACCGUAGCACUGGAUGCCAAGCGACAGAAAUAUCGAGCAUAUUUCUCUGCCAAAAACCGCCUCCUCAGUGAUGAGAUGAAGAUUGGGUUGCAGGAAGUAUGCAAAAGCCAUGCUUUUUUUAUAGAGGCUUGUCCAGAAGAUGCUUUGAACCCGUUGUCCAAUCAGUUACAUUUUACAUUUGAGGGUCUUCCAUCUACAGCAAUGCAAAACUUGAGACCAGUACUCCAUCCAGACAUAAAGACCACCACCGAUCACAAUCUAGAUUUCGAGAUAGACUGUGGAAUUGAUAAUUUAUGUGUCGAUGACCUCAGAAUGGAUUUCAAUUUCUCUGGAUCUACAAAUAUAGAGGUUGGGAUCAUGCAGGAGAUCAAUGUGACAGUGUUUGUAGAGAACAGAGGAGAAAACUCAUAUAACACACUCUUCAUCCUUAACUACCCCUUUGGACUUUCCUACAGGAGAAUCACAUCUAAACAGGGCAGAGUGGAGUGUGUGUCUCUGGAUGGUGUGCAAGGAGUUAAACUAGGAGAAACCACCUGCUUCAUCAGUAAACCCAUCCUCAAGGACAAUUCUCAGGUUGUGUUUGAGAUUACCUACAGCAUUAAUAAAGAAAGUACACUGGGCCAAAAUGUGACAUUUAAGGCUGUGGUCAUGAGUGGGAAUGACAGACACUCGAACAACAGUGAGUUUUUCAAAGAAAGGACAGUUGGUGUCAAAUAUGCCAUCUAUAUUGCUUUGAUAAGGCAUGAAAAUUCCACCAUCCACAUUAAUUUUACUUCAGGGAAAAAGGAUCUUAUGAAACCGGUCCAGCAAAUAAUAAAGAUUGAAAAUGACCUUAGAGAAUUAACUUUCAAGGUUUUCAUCAAAGUACCAGUGAAAGUUGGUGAUGCUGACAUCUGGACUAAUUCAAAUCUGCAAAUUUCUGGCUGUAAGAGGGAGAACAUGAAGAAGCCUAUUAUCACCAAUUUUAUGGACAUUAUUAAAAGUCAACGUGUAGUGAACUGCUCUGUGGCGGUGUGUGCUGAGUUCAGCUGUGACGUUACUCUCAUAAAGAAUGACAGGAUACUCUAUAAUAUAACUGGAAAUGUCAGCUCUGGAUGGAUUGAGCAGACUGGACUCAGAGCUGCUGUUUUUCAGCUGGUCAGUUCAGCAUCUCUGGAUUAUGACAAGAACAAAUAUGUUUUCUUUUCCUCUGAUUCUCAACAAACUGCACCGUCUGUACAGAUUAAUACUCAAGUGGAGGUGUACGAGGAGGUGGACCUGACUAAAGAGAUCAUUGGAGGUGUAAUAGGAGGACUGCUGCUAUUGGCUCUCAUCACAGCUGCCCUCUAUAAGGCUGGAUUCUUCAAAAGCCAGUACAAGCAGAUGCUGGAGGAGGCUCAGGGGGACGCAGGAGGACAGCCAAACAUGCCACAAUAAUUUGCACUCAAACUGUUAGGAGAUGCUUGUGUGUUUUGUGUGCUUGAGAAUGAAACAUUAAUUUAUUUAUCACCUAGCAGAAAUAUUAGUAAAAUUGGAGGACAUUGGGCACACAAAAUAAAAGAAAAUAGGCAAUUUCACCAUUUUAUCUGACAUUUCUGAAUUUAUUUCUCAGAAUUGUGAGAUAUAAAGUCAGAAUUCUCUAAUUUGUUCUUGCAAUUCCAAAUUUCUCAUCUAACAAUUCUAUUUUGUCUUGUAAUUACUAGUUUACAUAUCACAACUGUUCCUCAAAGAAUUUUGAGUUUAUAUCUCAUGUAAGGGGAAAAGGGUAUUUCUGAGAUAUGGAUUUGCAGUUAACUUUAUUUAUUUUUUUUUUUUUUUAUUCUGUUGCAGAAACAAACUUCCAUAAUAUAAUAGGGAUUUGCUCUUGAUGUAUUUUAAAAAUGUUUUACUGCUUUCUGCUUAAUAUAGUGAUAUUGUUUAUUUUACUAAACCUUCUUAUUAUUUGCAGAUCAUUUACAUUGUUUAUAAAUGACACUGUUGGUAAGAAGGAAAAUAAAAGCUAAAAUGAAAUAUUUUUGUUCAUAUGCAUUAUACUUAUUCUUGUGCAUUUUUUAUAUGCACACAUUCAUUUGUGUAGAAAAUGAACAUUUUUGUUUGAGCAUUUGAGUGUUUGUGAAUAUAUAAGCUAUCAGA